CACUGCUUCUGUUUCUUGCUUCCUUCUCCUUCAACCUCUGGGCUCUGAUUGGCAUGGAGAUCUGGGUAUGUCCUGGGCUCACAAUUUAGCUUAGAACUACGGCUGCUUCUGGAAACCAUGCGCUAGUCAUUUGCAGACCUGUUUCUUUUGCAAAACAGCCGUGAACACAAGAACUGCUUAACCUCAUGGCGUGCAUGGAAAUUCUCGGCCUUCAAAUAAGUUUUAAUGGCCAUAAUUUUUCUUUGGUAUUUAUCCUUCUUUUAUUCUGUUUCCUUUUUUUAAUUUGAAAAGAAAUGCGUGAACUGGUUUUUGUCAUUAUUGCCAUGAUUUCUCUAAGCCAUAGCUAGAGAGGCGCGCAAGUGCAUCACGACUUCGCCUCUUGUGCAUUCACAAGACAAUCCAAGCAAUGUGGAGCUGUCCUUUUCAAGUUCCGACUAGCAUUUGCUAGAAAGGUUACACAUCCAGUACAGAAUUUGGAUAAUCUCUUGUCAUAUAAUCAGGAGACGUCUGAAAAUUAUCCUUUGGCAUCAUACAGCAAGCCAAUCAAGAAGGGAUCGAGUAGACAGACAUAAAGAAAAGCUUAAUACUACAACAGAAAAGGAUGGGUUUCUUGUCAUUGUUUCUAGUGGCUUCUAUGCCAAUCAUCCAGGUCCUGCUCAUAGGUGUCAUUGGAGCUUACCUCGCCUCCGGUUACAGCAAUGUUCUGACCACAAGCGCUCGGAGGGAUAUGAACAAGGUUAUUUUUACUGUCUUCACCCCAUCUCUGGUGUUCGCUACCCUGGCAAAGACGGUCACGCUUGCGGAUGUCAUUUCUUGGUGGUUUAUGCCAGUUAAUAUAGCAAUCACAUUCAUGGUUGGUGGCAUUCUAGGUUGGAUAGCAUGCAACAUCUUGAAGCCACCACAACACUUCAGGAGCUUGAUCAUUGCCUUCUGCUCAGCAGGAAAUCUUGGGAACCUGCUCUUGAUCAUUGUUCCGGCUGUCUGCGACGAAGAUGCUAACCCAUUUGGAGAAGAUCGAAGCAUUUGCCGCUCACGCGGGCUCUCCUACUCUUCAUUGUCCAUGGCUCUCGGUGGCCUUUUUAUAUGGACGCAUACAUACAGCCUCAUGCAGAAGGCAGGCAAACUGUACCACAAAAUGCAGUCUAAAAGCAUUCAGUGCCCGGCCGACAUCAACGAAGAGAAUUCUGUGCAAGACGCGGAGCAAGCUAAAGAAGAUGGUACAGCUGCCUACACUGACGAGGAGGCGCCCGUUUCGACGUCAGUUAAGCCUGGUGAACAAAGGGAGCAGAAUGAAAUGGAAGCCCCUCUCUUGUCCUGCCAAAGCGAGGUCGCUAACAAAGGAUUCUGGACAAAUCUGAAGGAUGCUGUCCACCAGUUUAUCGAGGAGCUGAUGGCCCCACCAACAAUAUCAGCAAUAAUUGGAUUUGUUGUUGGCCUAGUCCCAUGGUUAAAAUCUCUAAUCAUUGGCGACGGAGCUCCUCUCAAAGUCAUACAGGAUUCCCUCCAACUAAUGGGCAAUGGCACAAUACCUUGCAUCACCCUCAUCCUAGGUGGAAACCUGACGCAAGGGCUGCGGAAGUCGGCUCUCAAGCGUACGGUGAUCCUCACAAUCGUCUGCAUACGCUUCGUGAUCCUCCCGCUGAUCGGGAUCGCCGUGGUUCAUGCCGCGUAUGGCGUCGGGUUCCUGCCUCACGACCCGUUGUACCGCUAUGUGCUGAUGGUGCAGUUCGCCCUGCCUCCUGCGAUGAACAUUGGAACCAUGGCUCAGCUGUUUGAUGUUGGACAAGAGGAAUGCUCAGUGAUCUUUCUCUGGACGUACCUUGUUGCCGCGAUCGCGCUGACGACGUGGUCGACGAUCUUUAUGUCCAUUCUGUCUUGAAGUCACCGGGUGUGGCUGCGUUUGUCGGACAUGGUGGUGCUCAACGAUUCAGCUCAACAAAAGGAAGGGAGGAGAGUGAAGAUGGUGAUCGGUCUCGGAAAGAGGAGUGACAACUUAGUUAUACCUCUAUAGACUACAGAAUAGCCGUAUUGGCCAGGCGAUUCUUUCUGUAUCCAAAAUUUUUUGGUCCAUUUGGUGUGUGCUGUAUUCUGCAGUAGACUAUGAUCAAAUGAUAAUGAUCAUUUAGGCAUUUAUUGUACUAGCCAAUUAGCCCGCGUAAUUACGUGGCUAGACCUGUUAGAUGAUCGCUUCGUUAUAUAAUUCAAAUUCAUAUGAUUAAAAAUGUUACUAUAAUCACUAUACAAUUCAAAUGUAUAUAAUUAAAGAUAUAGUUUUAGGUUAUGCAAACACAUAGUUAAUUAUAAUAUAGCGCUACCAAUUAAAUAUAAGUUGCUCUUUCUAAUAAUUUAUUAUUUUAGUGAUCGAUAAUUUCUUUAUUUUUGCUUUGGUAAAUAAGUCGUAGUAGACUAUAUACAGUGGUUGGGCCCUUUCUUAUGUUGAUUAUUUUAGAUGAGUCUCAUUCGGUUGUUUGUAUCUUUAUUGGGCAUUUCUUAAGUUAGUUUUUGGCUAAUGGGCUUAGUCAUAUAUAAUAUUAAGUCAGUCCAAAGUUUAUUUGGAUCUAUUGGUUGUGAUUCAAUCUUACUAAAAAUCCAUCAAAAUUUUGUGAGAUUUUCUAGUAUUUCUUUUUUUUCUUGUUUGAUAAAUAUUUUUACUGAUGUAAUCAUAUUUGUGCUACUCGGGAAGCAAGGAAGAAAAAGAGAAAAUAAUUCCAUA